AUGCCCAAUGGAAAUAAUACCCCCAGCAUAGGAAAUAGCACUGGCAGAAUCAUCGAGGAUUUUCGAAAAAGCCUAACAGACGACUGGAGCACUGACAACGGCUGGCUGAUGAGGAUUUCGUGGGAAUUCACUGGUGGUGAGGCAACACCCCUUGAGCCACGCGGUCAUGGUAGUAGAACCCAACACUGCCACAACUAUUCUCGCGGCCAAUACCAGGUUGAUAAUACCGGUGGUGUCAAAUAUAGCGCUCGACGAGCAUUGAGGGAACGGAGGGGCAUCAAACCAAAUGCGACAACACCGAAAAUAUCCAUUAUUCCACGAACUGCAAAACUUGACACUUUGGCUCCAGAGGGCCUUGUCAGUUGUCAAAGUGCGUUGAUGGUGCCACGCUUUUGGAGCCAGACUCGCAAUUCGUCAGGCAACAGGGAAUAUGAACCAGAGCGGGAGGGGCAAAAAGGGAGCGGCAUUUUGAACGACAACGAACGAUGGAAAGAACCAAAAAGGCGGGAGCGGUCAGCACAUAUUCCCGACGGUGCUGAUCAUGAUUCAACUGUCGAGGCAAGUCUGGGUCUGCAAGGCUUGUUGCAUCUUGACCCCUGCGCAAAAUAA